UCGGUAUGUCACAGCAUUGUCACAGUCACUUUAUGAGACAAGCAAAGAGUAAAGGAGACAAGACAGGAGACAGCACACCAAUUGACACAUGACGGGAUAAAAAUAAUGCAAUGCAGUUUUGCAAGUAAAUCAAAGUAAGAACCAAAUGAGUAUAAAUAAGUAGCGCUCAGCCGUCACCGACGUGGGUGAUUAACAAUAUUCGCUGUGGAUUUAGCUUAAACCAAUAAGUGCAAUGAGCAACAUACAGUUUGUUCAAAUAAAGGACUUAAAACCUGGUAUGAAAAAUAUAAAUGCUGAGUUUAUAGUGCUAGAAGUGGGUCCACCGACUCUGACGAAAGAGGCGCGUGAGGUGCGUACGCUGCGCGUUGCCGAUGCCACUGCUUCUGUAAACCUGUCCGUGUGGGACGAGCCCGGCGCGCUGCUGCAGCCCGGAGACAUCGUGCGUCUGACGCGCGGCUACGCGUCUCUGUGGCGCGCAGCACUCACUCUAUACUCGGGCAAGUCGGGAGAUAUACAGAAAGUGGGAGAGUUCUGUAUGCUGUUCAACGAGCAAGUGAACAUGAGCGAACCACAGCCGGCUCCCCCGGCCGCCGCCGCUGGCGCCCCUGCCGCAGCGGGGGACCGCUCGAACGGGGCACACGCGCCGCUGCGGGCACUGCAGGCGCCGCCGGCCGCCGCGCCGGCGCACGCCGCCAAGCCGGACCGCUUCGCGCCGCCCGCCGACCUGUCCGGCAAGCACGCGCACAAGACGUACGUGCGCGGCCGCGGCCACCAGCGCGGCAAUCGGAGGUAGCACCCGCACCUGCCUUCCUUCAGUGCCUUCCAAGACAAUGGGGCAUUCAUUGUGGCUUAGUGUGUUAAUAACCAGACUAUUUGCCUGACGUGACGCCUCAACUCAUACUCUGUUAAAACUCAGUAAAUGCAUAACGUUUAACCUACUCAUAUACAAAAUGUUAUUUUUAUGUUUUGUAGACUUAACUUUUUUGAUGCCUACACUCUCUCUAAAUUCUUUGAUGUAAAGCCAUAAUCAAUGAUCAUGUAAAUUUAAGAAAUAGCAUAAUGUGACUAGAAGUUCAUAUUUUGUUAUGACAUACUAGCUAUUGAGUAAUGAUUAUUGUCAGCUAGGCUAAUAGCUCCGGGUGCACAGAGCAGGAGGUAACGGCACUGCUUGUUGUUGCCACUCGUGUGUCAUGUCGUUAUUAUUUGACAAUCUUAACUACUCCGUGGGUUGCAAGUGUACUUAAAUGUUUGACUUACAGAAUUGGUUUCAGUUGGUAAACUUGCUCUAUGUUGUCCAAAGUGAUAUUAAUGUGUGCCAGUAAAAUAAUUUUCUCUAACCAGAACAUUUUACUUAUUCUGAAUUACAAAAUACUAGUGGUUUUUUUUAUAUUUCUAAAAUGCUUGGUUUCAUUAUUCCAUAAUUCUGUUAACACCAUGUUGGUAUGUACAAUAAAUUUUAUGGAACUCUACUGGGUGCACAGAGUAGUUUCUCCUGGACAUGGUGAAACCUUUGGAAGCCAAUAAUUUAUUGUACUGUUUAAUAACACUGAACUAUUACUCCUACCAUGAUAAUUUCUUUGACUUUUCUACAGCGAACUUUAAUUAUAUUAUUUGAUAUGUACAUGUAUAUAUUUGUAGUAGUAAAUGCUUUGAUUGGUAGAGAGGGAUUCAAAAUAAAAUGGUUUUUCAUCCCACCAUCUCGGAAAGAGUAGUUUUACCCUUUGAUAUCUGAGCGCAAAAGCCGUUUUUAUUCUCUAGUCUAGAGCGGCAAAGUGAUUUAAAUUUAGAACAUCGUGUGCAAAGUAUCGUCAUCGUGUGCAAUACUUUGCACACUAUGUUCUAAAUUCAAAUCACACUGGAGUACCAUUUGUGACAAUCUUGAUAAGACUUUUCAAACAAAUACAUAUUAAACAAAAUACUGCUUAAAAUAAUUAUUCAAUUAAUUAAGUAAUUUUCAUUACCUAUUGUUUUUACAUAGAUUUUUAACCUCGUUUCAUUUUUAAAUUGAGUUUUCAAAUAAAUGAACUUUAAUCGGUAAGUACUUCUUUUUAAUUUGAUACUCAUAUGUGCGCGCCAUUUUGUUUUUUUUUGCAUUUAGUAAUUUCCUUGAUGAAGUGGGAUGAAAUUAUUAUUUUUUAUUGUUUUGAGCUCGAUUUUAAACCUGAUUACAUUUUUAAACUGAGUUCUUGCAUAAAUAAAUUUUAAUAGGUACAUCUUUUUAAUUUGCCAUGUGUGACGUGGCGUGCUAUUUUCUUUUUUUGAGUUUAAAAAUUUCCUCGAUGAGGUGGGAUGAAAAGUUAAGUGUUGCACUCAUGUGCAAAGGAUGUUUCACCUUGUGCUCUUUUAAUUCCCUCGCUAUCGCUCAGGAUCCUAAAAUUGAAACACGAGCGUAGCGAGUGUUUCGCUUACUCGGUCAUCAAAAUUGAGCCCGCGGUUUAAAAGCAACUUUGCACUCUUGUAAGUAUAACAAAUAACUAUUUUCAUAUUUUACCUGGAUUAACAGAGGUGUGAUCUUAUUAUUUGGAGUUAUAAUGAUGUAUAAUACCUAUGAAUUGUAAUAACUUCUGGAGUUAAUGAAACAUAUUCAAUAUUAAUUGUAGCUAUGUAUCUAUUUUAGAAUUUCUCGCUAACAGUCGCAGCACUCGCUAUAAGCUUGUUGUCUUUUGACUGCAAAGAAUUGAAGGAAAGAUUUUAAAAACUUUUUUAAACUUAAGAGACUUGUUGUUGUACCCAUAUCUAUUACAGAAAUUAUAUAAAUGGUGAAAAACAUUAUAACAACCUAGGUAGGUACUUGAGAGUUUUUGUACAUUAAAACUUUCAUUAAACUGUCUUGUUGUAUAGUUUCAUUGCCUAUGUAAAUAAAUUGUUGUAUAAACAAAUAAUA